UAAUUUUUAAACAAUUCGUUUUUCCUAGUAUCUCGUAUCAGUUUAUAUCGAAGUGUCAUAGCAAUGAAAGGAAUUAUAUUAUGGUUAACCUGUUUGGUGGUUUGUACGAAUUUGGAUUCGAUACAAGCCAAUUUAACGAAGGUAUGCUUUGACGGUUUAUCCUGUGUACAUGGCAGGUACAUGUCCGGUUAUGAUAGCUAUACAUUUGAAGCCUUUCUGGGUAUACCGUAUGCCAAACCGCCCAUCGGUAAUUUGAGAUUUAGCAAUCCUGAAGUAGCUGCGCUGUGGAACGGCACCUUGUCAACAUUAUAUCCGAAGCCGGAUUGUAUACAGCGUGAAUAUUCCACUUCAUCAAAAACGAUUAGCGGUUCAGAGGAUUGUCUAUACCUGAACAUAUAUCGCCCAGUGCAACGUGCAGGUGGGAAAUUGCCAGUAAUGUUUUAUAUACAUGGUGGUGGACUUUUCAGUGGCACACCGAGUCCCGUAAACGUUGGACCACAAUAUUUUAUGGCUAUGAAUGACGUAAUUCUGAUCGUUCCCGCGUAUCGCUUGGGUCCAUUUGGUUUCUUAUCUACUAACGACACGGAGAUGAUGGGAAACUAUGGUCUUAAAGAUCAGAAUUUAGCACUAAAAUGGGUUAACAAAUAUAUCUCGGCUUUUGACGGAGAUCCCAACAGUGUGACAAUUUUCGGUCACAGCGCUGGUGCUGUAUCUGUACAUUUACACUUAAUGAAUAUAGAUAAAAAGGCCUCACCGCUAUUCCAUAACGCGGUUAUGAUGAGUGGUGUCGCAAACUCCCCAUUCCAUGAACCGUUAAGCGAUCCAAAAGGCCAAGUCGUUAAAUUGGCUAAAGCUGCUGGUGUGAAUGAAGCUGAGUAUCUGAGUUCGGCUAGUUUAGUUCAAGCAUUACGUUCAAUCAAAGCAGAAACCUUGUUACAAGCUGUCGAUUCUCUUAAAGUUUGGGAUGUCCAUCCGUAUAUAACAUUUCGUCCGAAUAUUGAAAAUGAUGAUUGGUCUGGUGCUUAUGUUACAAAUGGGCAAUAUUUAUAUGAUGGGAAAAUACCAUAUGGUACAGCUCAUGAUGUGUCUUGGAUCGUUGGUAAUGCACCAGCCAAGGGUGAGGGUUUGGUUGUAGCACUGCAUUUGGCAAGUGAUACGAAAUUGCAGGAGGAUUUCAAUAGUAAUUUUAACGAGACGCUAAGCCUUUUGUUGGACUUAUCUACGGAGUGUAACCAAGAAAUUAUUAUAGAUUUAUUGGUAACAGAGUAUAUGGACGGUAGAUAUGAACUCAAUAAUUAUACAUUAAAUGGAUUUUUGGAGCUUCUGGGAGAUGCGCACUUCAUAUACCCAACUUACACACUUCUCAAGAAUAAUGUCAAUUCUACACGUGAUGAUUUUAAGGGCAUAAUUCAUUUCAACUACCGCGGACCCUAUUCGUAUUCGACCGCACUUUCAAAUAGUUCCAAAAACUUUGGCCCUGCACAUGCUGAUGAUUCAUUGUACCUGUUUCAUAGAGCAUCAUAUCCUUAUUCAAAGAACUCCCCUGAGGCAUCUUUGGUUAGACGUUAUGUAAGGCUGUUUCAGACUUUUGCCUCAACUGGUAAUGCUGACAUCCAAGAAUGUAAUGGUGAAGAUUUUCCGGAUAAUUGCGAGUAUUUGUCGAUAGUGAAUGAUGAUGAUGAACCAUUCCAAACAGGAACUACUUGGAACACUGAACGAAUGGACAUUUGGGAUCAAAUAUAUACCACAUAUUGCUAAAUUGUUUUUUUUUUUUAUUUAACUUUUUCAUAUACGAGUAUAUACGUAUGUACUUAGCGUGUCAUUAUAAUUCUUCCUACUUCUAUUGUUGUACAAGCGUAUAACAUAAUAAAGCUAGUAACACAUUUGUUGCUGAAAAACUGA